AUGAUGGCGAAGAAAUGUUUCGAGCCAGGGUGCACGAAUGAGGUUGAGCACGCAUGCUUUUGCUCUUCUCCUGAGACUUUAUCUUGUGAAGUUCAUGCUGUGGAGCAUUUAAAAUUGCCUAAUAGAGCUCACAAUCUUGAGUCAAUUUUUAUGCAGCCUUGCGAUGGGAAUAUAGAGCCAGCAAACGUUAAGGAUUCGAUUUCUUUGAUAAGAAAUGAGGACAGUAAGAGUUUAAAAGGGACUGAAGAAGAAAAAAAGCCAAUAAAAAAAGCCCCAGAGCAUGAGGCGAGCUUGCUUAAUUCUCAAAUAAGCAUUGAUUCUAAUGAUCUCAACAGUAAACCCAAGGAUGCAGAAAGCGCUUUAAACCUUAUAGAUACCUUAAGAAAUAAAGCAGCUGAGAUUUUGAGCAGGCCAAACAAUCCAGAAUUAGAGAUAGAUUUCAGAGCAACUUGCUCGGCAAUUCAGAGCAAUUCUAGUUUUUAUGAUCCAUCACUAAUGCAAGCCUACCAAGAUUAUCUUAAUGCUUAUCAACAAAAGACAUCUCUUUAUAGCAUUACACAAGAUGAUAAUGAAUACGACAUUACUUAUUUAGUAAUUUAUAGUACUGAAUCUGAAAUCGAAAAAGAACUCAAAACCUUGCAGACUCCGGAACCACUAGACUUAAGGACUUGCAUAACUCAACUUCCAAAUGGCAAGCUAUUCUGCUUUGGUAAUUAUAAAGAUUCUGGAAUUGCAGUGCAAAUUGAUGUGAAUGGUGAGUCGAAGUUCUGCCAUCUGGAAACAUAAAAAUCGCCUAUUUUUUUACCAAUUUAGUAAUCUCUCUUACUUUAAAUAUCCUCUAAAAUGUCUCCACUAUCAUUUAAAUUCCCGACUCAGUAUAAACUCAAUCUAGCACUUAUUAAAAGAAAUUAGUAAAAAAUAGUACCCAUUCUGGAGCUCCUUGCCAUGACUCAUCAUGCAUCUAUUUCAACAAUAGCGUCUAUUGCUUUGGAGGAUAUAAUGACAAAUAUUUAA